UUCUAACAUAUACGGGUACGUCUAUCGUGUACCUUGAUUUUAAGUAGAACACGCCGAUCAUGGCAGUAAAUAUUAAAGUUCACCGAGCGUAAAGAGGGAAGAAAAAAAAAGAAUAACGAAGUAACUUGCGUAUUUCCAGCACGUGCUUCUGACAAAUUUUCCAUUCUCUCUUUUCGCAGUGUUUCUUGUGCAAAACCCAAAGGAGGAGUGGGAGAAAUCGACGAGACUGACGCUGCUCGACACGUGAGAGUUUAUCAAUCCGCGGGUUUUAUCCCCCUCCCCCCUUAAGGGGUCGGGGUGGUGAAGGAAAAGGUAGAGAGAAAAAGAAAGGUUAGGAACUAUUCGAAAUGUGAUACAUAGGGAAGAGACGAAACAUUUUGCAACAAAGGAUAGGAUAGGAGAGAAAGAGAGAGAAAGAAAGAAAAAAAGAAAAAAGAAAAAAAAAGGAUAGAAAGACAAAUAGAUAUGUAAACUCGUGCAUACUCGUGUGGUUCGGUUACAAAGCGCGCGUGCUGGAGUAUGAAGGAGUGGGGAUAACGACUGGAUCGCUCAGUAGAAGUGGGGCGGAGCAGGAUAAGCGGGUAGGGAGGUCUGCGUGGUAGACAGCUGAUCAGUCCGUUCCCGUCGCACGAUCGAGUGAAAGGUUUAGUUGCUGGAUCCUCUUUUGCAAAGAAACUCUCAUGUUUCUCUCGUUAAGCUACGUUAUGACAAGGGUACUUCUGUUUUAAAAUUCUCGUCUACAUGGUAUCGUCGUCGCUCUUUAUGCCAUUUGUAAUAAACUCGAAUUGGGGAAUAAAAGGUGCAUCAGUUUGUUGUCGUGGUAAGCGUCGUAUCGAGCUCUUGUUGGCGUCAUCAGGUCAAUUACACCGUGCGUGUUCUUCUCUUUUUUUUCUUAUUCUUCUUUGUCAAAGAGACUCGUGGAAGAAGGUGAAGUCUAUGACCGGACGAAACGAAUGUUUACGUUCCUAUCGAGGAAGAAAGUGGUGUGAGAACAGUGGUAGAACGUGUUCUACGUUCGCUUUCAUGAGGUUCGAGAAAAGAGAAGAGGAGGACGCGAGGGCGGAUUAUACGAUUUGCGAGCAUUGAUAAUUGUAUUGUCCCGUAGUGACAGAACUCCAUACAUAACAAAACACCUACACAUUCAUGUGUAAGCGUAUAUACUAGUUUGGUGCAGUUACUCCCCCCGUUAACAUCCUUGCUAUUUUAUUUUCCUUCUCUUCAUUUAUCUAUUACUUGUUACAACGUCGUUUUUGUUGACACGUUUAGUCAUCCUAUAUUGAUAGAGGUUUUACUAGCAGCAAUCGUGUUUUUUUAUAUCUGUAUGCGGUGUAUAUCGGCGGUAAGUACAAAGUUUAAAAUUCAUGACAAUGCAACGAGUUCAAGAUCAAGACAAUGGGAUCAACAUCAAGUUUGGAUCAAACAAGUCCAGAAAGGGAGAUUAUAAAUUGGUUUCACAAGACGGAACAAAGGAAAAAAAAAACAAUUAUAAUGGGACCAACAAACACGAUGUGACAACGGAAGAAGAAUUAGUACCCCCGGAUGGAGGCUGGGGAUGGCUGGUACUUUUGGCAUCGGUUCUUGUCAAUGUCCUUAUUCCAGGAAUGGUUAAAUCUUUUGGGGUUUUAUUCGUUGAAUUUCGUAAAGUAUUUGAUGCAUCUCCUGCUGCAGCCGCUUGGAUUCCUGCCUUAUGUUAUUUCCUCUACAGUUCUCUUGGACCAUUGUCUAGCAUACUUUCAGUUAAGUACUCAUAUCGAACAGUUUCAUUAUUAGGUGGUACAUCUGCAGCAGUGGGAAUGAUGAUAAGUUAUUUUGCAAACUCUGUUGGCUUUUUGUGCGUUAGUUUUGGAGUAUUGGUAGGAACAGGAGCAGGAUUGGCUUUCCCUCCAACAGUAUACAUUGUAACAUCCUAUUUUGUACGACUACGAGGACUAGCCAAUGGUUUGUGCAUCUCAGGGAGCGCUUUAGGUUCUAUAUUUCUUCCACCGCUUCUCGGGCUUCUUUUACAAGAGUAUGGUUACAGAGGUGCAGUAUUAAUAAUGGGAGCGCUUACUUUAAACGUGUGGGCUUGUGCUUUGUUAUACGAUCCAGUGGAAAAACACAUGAUUCCUGCACGACCAUCACACAAUUCGAAAGAUCAUAAAAGCGUAGAAAGUACAUCGAUUACUAUUACUAGUCCUGAAGACGAAAGUAAACAAAAUAAUUUGAUUUCUUCCAAUUCGAGCUGUGAAAAAGCUUCGCCUAUAGUGCCAAAAAGCGCGUCUAGCGUUGCAUUGGAAAAUUAUAAAAAUACUCCCGUUCAAGGAAGAACUAGAAAAAUUAGUAUGCCAACUGGCCGUGAAAUAACUGGGCAAAUGCAUAGUACACCAGCCUUACACGCAGUACCUGAAAGAGGAGCUGAAACAGGAAAAUUGAUAAAACGUAAAUCAACCACUCAAUCUCCCAGUACUUCAUCAUUUUAUUAUAUUAGUACUCCCCAUCACGGCAGCACGUUGUCUGCUUUACAUCCUGUCCAUGCAUCUACAUUAACACUGAAUGCAAUAUCUAGUACGUUUACAAGGAAAGGCUCUGAUCGUGCACCAAAAGAGGACAAAAAGCCGGAAAAUAAAUUCUUUGAUUUUAGCUUAUUAAAAGAUUCUAUGUAUCUCGUUAUAUUGAUCUCGAAUUCAACAAAUGCCGUUAGUUAUACAAAUUUUGUCAUAUAUUUGCCAGCUUAUGCAGAUUCGUUAGGGUUUGACAAAAGUAUGGGUCCACUUCUUCUAUCGAUCGUAUCGAUUUUAGAUCUCAUUGGACGAAUCGGUGGAUCCGCAUUAUCCGAUAUGAAAUUAAUGCCGAAACAUUGGUAUUUCGUUGGUGGCUUAUUUGCUUCAGGAGUUUCCUUAACAAUAUUACCAACAGCGACUACUUAUACCUUAUUAUCUGUAUAUUGUGGAAUAUUCGGAUUAGCUUCUGGGAUAUAUGUCGGAGUUACCGCGGUUAUAAUGGCUGAUAUGCUUGGCACUGAGAAACUUACUUCAUCCUAUGGUAUUUCUUUAUUUGUUAAUGGAAUUUUACAGCUUAUAGGCCCGCCAAUUUGUGGUGUGGUUUAUCAAGAAAUUGAACAAUACGGUUCCAUUUUUAGUGUCUUGGGUAUCAUUUUAGUUGUAGGUUCAAUGCUAUGGGGUUUUGUUCCUUUCAUUAAAAAAAAGCAAAAAGGAUCAGAAGCUAACGGCCCGAUAGACAAAUUAUAGUAAUCUAAAUUUUUUACUAAUAUAUUGAACAAUUUAUUCGAGUAAAAAUUGUAUACGAUAUCGAUCGUAACAUCCUUGUUAGGAACAUUACCAUUUAACUUGAAAAAUUGGCACAAAAUCGCAAAACUAAUAUUUAUAUAUAUAUAUAUAAAAAGAAGAAACAAAAAUUUAUAGAUAAUUCUUUAGCACUGUGAUGCUGUAUAUAUUUUACACGCACAUUUACUAUUCAAUUAUUUAAGAGAAGUAUUAUAAAAAUUUAGGAAAACUUUUUGAAGACACUAAGUCUUUCUUUUUUCACAAAGAAACAAUUAAAAACCUUGCCUUGCACAUAGAAUUAUUGCUCCUUGAAAGUAAGAAUUUCAAUUAUAAAUAAUAAUUAUAGAUAUACAUCAUUACGCGUUCUCGCGUAUUGUUAUUAUGUGUGUGUGUAUGUAUGUGCGCGCGCGUGUUUUAUUUUUAUUUAGUACUUAAUAUAAAGUAAUGAAGAGUUGGUGCUAUUUAUGUUAAAUGGAUAAAUACAUUUUGUUAAAUAUUUUAUUUUUUAAGAUCUUUUGGAUUUUUAUUCAUUUUUCAUAUCAUUUCAUAAUAGAAAACCACAUGUAUCGGGAUUCAUUUUAUAUUAUUGUUACUUAAUAUUUUCAGCAAUUAUAGUUGAAAACAACAAAGAUUUAUGACAUGGAGUAAUUGAAAUGAUUUAAUUAUAAUAUUAAUAUUCUGUUUUUACUAUUUUAAUUCGUCUAAAUCACCGAAAAUAUGCCUUACUACGCGGUAGAUUCUAAGCACACUUUCUAAUUAAUAAUGAAUAUAUUAAGUUUAUAUAGGUCUGUACACAAAUGUAAAAUAAACAGUAAUGUAACAGAUUUAUAAUUGUAAUGAACAUUCAAGUACUUUUUGUAUAAAUGAGUACUUGGUUAUUAUACGUAAAAAUAUACACA